AUGGCCAACCGAGCUUUUCGUGCUCCAAUUCGUCUGCUCUCGCUCUUCUUCGCAUCCAUUCUGUUGUACUACUGCCUUCGAUCAUUCCUCAUAUCAUCUACUUCUCCAUCCAUUUCUUCUUCAGAUCUGCUGUUCAAGCACCUUGUUGUGGCGAGUUUGAAGUCAGAUAAUACAUCAUGGGUAGGAGAGCAUCUGCCAGAUUGGCAGGCAAAAGUUUACGUGGCGGAUGACCCAAAGGCCCAGUUGACCGUGCCACUGAAUAAAGGGAGAGAAUCUAUGGUGUAUUUAACAUAUAUAAUAGACCACUAUAAUCAUCUUCCAGACUACAUGGUCUUUAUACAUGGACUGCGAUAUCAAUGGCAUAAUGACGAUCCGAUAUAUGAUGGCGUACCGAUCCUUCGUAACCUCCGUCUUCCAUACGUUAAAAGCGUAGGGUAUGCGCCUCUACGAUGCACCUGGGUUCCUGGAUGCCCAGCAGAGCUGCACCCUCUGAAUCCAACCGAGAAAGGCCUUCCGACACGUGUAGCGGCGGAACGCGCUUAUGCAUCUGCAUUCAAAACCUUGCUGCCGAAUGAGUCCGUCCCAAAGGAAGUCGGUGCGACAUGCUCGUCACAAUUCGCAGUCACUCGCGAGCGAGUGAGACGGCGACGAAAAUCAGACUAUGAGCGAAUGCGGCGAUGGCUCAUGAACACGGAUCUUGAAGAUGAAAUAAGUGGCAGAAUCAUGGAGUACGCAUGGCAUAUAAUCAUGGGAAUGCCGCCGGUUUAUUGUCCGCCAGCAGGAGAAUGCUAUUGCAUAACAUUUGGCAUUUGCAAGCUGAAUUGCAACGCGGCACGAUGUGACAAGAGAUAUGUCCUCCCAACAUACGCCCAGAUCCCGAACGGAUGGCCCGAGCACGGCGGCGGCGAGAAUGGGUGGCCCACUCCGGGCUGGAAUGAGUGA